AUGGCUCGCCCUCACCAGCGUCUUGAACAUGAAGCCAUGCUGGACGAGCCCGAGCUUCGAGAGCUCGUCGUUGAGGGUAGAGACCUUCGCUCGGAGCUGACUAGCAUGAAAUCCAUCCGUGCCGAUAGGCAGGCCGCCAAGUGUAAUCCCGCCAGUGACGACCUCGAAGUGAAGGAGUUGAGUCUUGAGACGGCGCUUAAGGCUCUUCUUCAGCUGCGAGAGAUCAGGGUGUUGAUGCCAGGAGGGGAUGUAAACUUUCGACUCGCGAGCGUUGUCAGCAUAGGCCAAGACUCGAACAGAGGGAAAAAGCUCUGCGAUAUGGAGGAGCAGGGGGUGGAUACUGUGGCAGAAAAACACGCUGGAGGGGACAUCGCCCUGACAGACGCCCGAGAGUCGAAGGUCAGCAGAGUCUCCAUAGUAGCUGGAGAGGUAGGAGGCGAACAAACGGAGAUGCUCGCAAGAGGGCAAGCUUGCGCCUUCAGUGAUGCUCCCAUCAAAGCUAGUGGUGUCGAGGAUGUCAGUCAAAUCCACCUGCAGCACUGCAAGCGCUUGCUGGGUGAGAUGAUCCGCGGAAGCACUUCCAAAGGCAGGCGACGCACCAUCAGGGAACUUCUCUUGUGCUUCAGCAAGAAGAUCAGCGAAAGAUUCAGCCUUGUCGCGGCGGAGGAGCAGGCUCAGACUCCUGAGACGAUUGGCCGGACUGCCGCUGCUCCCUCGGCCCGCGCGGUUGUGGUCGCUGCUGUUGCUGGUGUUGCUGCUGCUGCUGCUGCUGCUGCUGACGCUGGCGUUGCUGCUGCUGCUGCUGCUGCUGCGGUUGCUGCUGCUGCUGACGCGGGUGCUGCGGCUGCGGCUGCGGCUGCUGCGGUUGCUGCUGGUGGCGGUGGUGUUGCGGCUGCGGCUGCGGCUGCGGCUGCGGCUGCGGCUGCGGCGGCUGCGGAUGUGGCUGCCGCCGCCGUUGCUGUUUUUUCCGUUGCCGCCGCCCUCGCGAGGGCUGCUGGGGCGGUUGCAGCUGCUCGGACUCCUGCAGCUGCUGCUGUGGGAGGGACGAGGGCUGCAGGUGCCGAGGUGACCGCCGAAGUUGCUGCUGCUGCUGCUGCUGCUGCUGCUGCUGCUGCUGCUGCUGCUGCUGCUGCUGCUGCUGCUGCUGCUGUCCUUGGGGCGAUAGCGCUUGAAAAGAGCUUUCCAUUCACCCUUCAAGAAACGUCGGCACUGGCGCUUGAUAAGCGCGUCCUUGACGCUGCAACAUGGAGGGCGUCGAGGUUGACUUCCCCCCACUUGGUCAGGUCGGCAGAGCUACCAAUGGAUGUGGAUAUCGCCCUUCAUCUUGCGGCCAUGAGGAUGGGAGGACCAGCGUUUGCAGGUCUGGAGAUGAUGUGCAGCAACGGAGGGAUCGAGCUCGCGCUGACAUCCAUCACAUUUCGUCGGACACUGGCAGAUCGGCAUGCCAUGGAGAUAGCAGUCGAGCAUCUGAGCAUAGCGCUGAAGAAGGCUAAUGGAUUUACGAAGAGCCUUAAGCGCCGUCUCAAGACUCAACUUCUUCACUUCGAGGUCGUCACUGGCGGGAUUACACUUGGCGGCCUGCCUAUCGGCACCGAUGGAUUUCAUGCUAGCCAGUCAGCUCCGAGCGAAGGUUUCCGAAGUUCUACCCUCAACGAAGAGCUCUCGAAGCUCGGGCUCGUCCAGCAUGGCUUCAUGUUCAAGACGCUGGUGAGGGCGAGCCAUCUCCAGAAGCUCCGCUUCUUCCUCCAGGGGUCAUCUCCGUUUCUCCCGCGGGUCCAGUCACAGAUUCGUCGCUUUGACCUCUCUGUCCACCUGGCGCUUGAGAAAUACCACCGCUGGCCUUCCUCGCAGUACCUCUCUGCGCAUCCCGACCUGCUAGAGUUUGCGAGGUUCAAGCGGGAGCUUCCGCAUAGUCGGGGAGGGGACGAGUUCACGCCCUCUGAGGCUGAGUCUCGAGCUACUAUCCCCUCAAGGCCUUUCCGCACCGCUAUGCGAGUCUCGAGCUACUAUCCCCUCAAGGCCUUCCCGCACCGCUAUGCUCAGAUGCUCGACUGCUAUCUCCAUGGCCCACCGCAUGCCGAUCUGCCAGUGUCCGACGGAAUGUGA